AUGAGGCUCAGCUAUAGUAUCAUCUUCUCAAUCUUUUACACAAUUUCACCGGUUCAGUGCUUACUGAAAUGUUUUUCAGGACACUCCCAAUUCGCCACUCAAUGCACAUCCCAAUCCUACUGCGUUUCAAUCACAUCGAAAAAUGGUCCAGUGCAAAGAUCUUGUGAUGGGAACUCAAUAUCUCAAAUCUCACUCUGCUCGCAGUACGCCAUGCACGGAAUUCCAAGGACCAUCACGACGGACUACUCGAAUUUCCCGGUUUUGCUCGGUGGAGCAGCGUCUCAAGAUCUUUCUCUACCCCAAACCCCAGCUUUUCCAGCCGCCCCUAUCUCCAAAAUGUCCGGAUCCACUUCCCGAAGCUCUCGUCGUGCUCCCGUCCAGAUGUGCUUCAACGCCGGAGAUCUUGGAGACGUUUGCUGUUGCAACACAGACUGGUGUAACUCUUCCCGCCUUCAGAAGUACGUCAUCAUCAUCGUCUUUCCGAUUGUUCUCCUUUUUUAUGGACUAUAG